GUAUCGGAUUAAUGUUAGGUAGUUUUGUCGGUGGAAAAUAUAAUGAUUUUGUAAUUAAAUGGAAACAAAGUAGACAAAAGAACGAUGAAUUAAUUCAACCAGAAGUUCGAAUUAAUAGUAUUUGGAUCGCUACAAUUAUAGUCCCUGCUGUUUAUAUACUUUAUGGAUGGUUAUUUGAAAGAGAAAUCCAUAUAGCUGUAUUCUUAGUUUUAUGGUCCCUUGGGACUUUUGGAAUACAAAUAAUUUUCAAUACAGUAUCAACAUAUUUAGUAGAUUCAAAUAGAAAUAAAAGUGCAUCCAUCAUAGCUGUAUUUCAUUGUAUUCGCUUAUUUGUGGAGGCUUGUGUUUCUGUUCUUGAGGCACCGCUAGAGGACCAUUUGGGAAUAAAAUGGAUGUUUACACUCUUUGGUUUAUCAAUG